AUGGAUACUGUUUCUGGACUGCUGGAAGAUCCUGAGAACGCUGUUCGAGUUAAUCAACCCUGGAUCACUCAUUUUUUUCGAAUUUGGAGGGUUCUCGCAAAUGACUACUCAAUGGGAACGCAAAUUGCGAACAGCAUGUUCAAAGAUACACUCGAAUUGGCUUAUCUCGAAACAUCAAGCACUUUUCCCUUCAUUGAGCCUUUGGUUCAACUGAUGAAAGAAGGUGACGACAAUAACCAACCUAGAAUCAACAAACCUCUCUAUCAUGUACUCGAAAUGAUCGCUCAUCGAGCAUGCUGUCUCUACAGUGGUGACCGAGCUGAUCGUCCACCACCAAAAGCAUAUUGUAUGAUCGUACAAAAUCUGGCUGUAAACUGUCACGAUAUAAUGCUCCACGAUGUUGCUUCGGUUUACAAGCUACUAGAAAACCCACACCCAAAUGUUCGUAUGUCUACACUUCAAGCACUUGCCGAUAUGUUUUCUUCACCGUAUCUCAGUCAAUCUUUCUGUGACAAUUUUGAGCCUCGAGCAAAAAAACGGAGAACAAUUUUCGAAAAAAUAGUUGCACACACCAACGAUGAAGGAACAAACGUUAGAGCGAAAGCGGUCGCUUUACUGCGUAAUCUUAUGGAAAAUCGGAGAAUUCCAGAAGAGUUUGAAAGUUCUGGUUUCGUAACAGUUGUUGGCAGUCGUCUUCAAGACAGGUCUGUUCAAGUGAGAAAGGCAACAAUACAAUUCCUUGCCGCAUUUCUUGACAAUAACAGACAUGGUCACGAUUUCAAUCGCGCAGCCCACGUGGAGGUGCUUGAUCAAAAAUCAAGAGAGUUGAGACUCAUGAACAAACCUCGAUUGAGAGUAAUGCAAGAAGCUGAAAAUACUAUGACCCGACGACAGUUCCAGUUGAGAAGUGAAAUAAAAGAUCAACUCCUAGCAUUAUUAAGCGGAGAGACUGAGUUGGAUGGAACAGCAGGAAGGCUUGAUGAAGUUCUCCAAUCUAUUAACGAGGAUGGUGCUGGAGCAAGAGUUGCUAGAUAUUAUGCCCGUUCCGACAGAUUUCCCAUACACAUGAACGACCCAGAACACAAAGAAAAACAUGGAUUACAGUUGGUGGACGAAUGUGUGAAGUUCAUACUCGAAACUUUAGAAGGCGAUUACAUUCACUACAAAGUUCAACAAUUGCAAAUGGACGAUGAUCAACUGCUUGAAGAUGAACAGCAAGCUCGGGAUCGUUCUCACGAGUCUCUUCAGUUGAGAGCUCAAAUGCAGCAGCUCAUAGACAAAAUGUGUAUUGAGGUGGAACUAACAAAGUGUGUAGAAAUGACUUUGAGAUGUGUUCUCAUGGGCGAUUCAGCUGAAAUCAAGGAGGGAAUCAAGUUUUUGACACGUUGUAAAUUGUUCGGGAUCUCUGGUGCUGAUGAUGCUAUUCGAUCGAUGUGUUGUUUAGUUUGGAGACCAGCUGCCGAUAUCAUUUCCGAGUUGAUUGAAGCUGCCGAAAAUAUGUUCAUAAGUCGACUGGAGGGAAAUGAAAAGGCAUCAGAAAGAGAUAAAUCAACAGUUGAAAAUUUGAUGUCCGCAAUGAAAGGAGUAACUGAAAGAGACCGUUCUUCUGUUGAGGAAGUUAUUUAUCUUUUGGCCGCCGUCGAGUUAGAACCAGUAAUUGAUGAUAAAUCGAAACCUUCGAGAAAAAGAAAGACAAUUGAGAGUAAUGUCAUCGCAAAGUUAUGGAACAUUGCGUUGGAUACAUCAGUUGGAAACGAAGAGAGAAAGGCUGUCGCACUCCGCAUUCUCUAUCCGAUUUCUAAAACGGAAAAGGGCCUUCCAGAAGCACGUAGUCGGCUCCGAUCGCUUCAAAAGAAAUUAGUAGAAGGCCCAGUGCUAGCUGUUGAAGCUCUCCGCAUCAUCUCUAUUCUAGGAUUACCGACAAAACAGGAAAAAGAUGCCCACGCAUACAACAAGCCCAUCUUCCGUAUUAAUCCGGAGGAUUCUUUAUUCAGAUCCAUUGAGCAGGUCUUUUUCCACGAAGUAGUGAAAGCGGACGACGAUCCGAAUCGUGAUUGGUUCGGAAUCAUGCGUUAUUCCAUCAGUAGUAUUUUGAAUAUAUCUAUGGAUGUUAACGUUGUGCUUCCAAGGCUCGCUUCACAAUUUCUCUUCAGAGCCAAGAGAAUCACCGAGUUCUACAUUUUCUACAGUAACCAAGCAAACGAAGCAACAGAUGCUAACAAAACCGCUGUCGCUGCUCGACGCAGAGACUAUUGGGCGUUGACUUGGUGCCGAGUAAUGGAGAAGUUAAUGGCAUUUUGUGGAGAACUCGCAGUCCAACUGCAUGCGUUUAUUCAAGUGAAUAUCCCACGUUUACAUAACAGAUAUGCUAACAAGAUACUGGACGCGGAAAAGAAUGAUUCAAAAGCUCGAGAAGAGGCGGUUCGGUUCCUUACUGAUCUCGAAAAGUCAAUCGCACAAAGAAAGACGAUUUUCGAGGUUCCACAAGAUCUCACGCCAGGCACCUCAUCAAAUACUCUUCAUCAUCUGGUGGCUCUAAUGUGUGAUAAGAGAAUGUUUGUUCCAAACAGGCUUCUUGGAAGACUACUACCAAUCAUCGUUUACUCAUUGCGUGCGAAUACAAUGCCAUUGCGUGUCAAACAAGCUGCUCUCGUUGCUUAUGGAAAAUACCUACCUUUGAGUGCCGACAUCUCUUCCUUUGCUGCCCCAUCAUUCUUCACAGCAAUGAUGGGAUCCGAAUCGACUUUGGUUCGGUGCAAUUUGAUUGCUGCUUGCUGUGAUUUUGCUUUUGCACAACCGACACUCUUCGAGCUUUACGCUCCGAGCCUAUUCAGAAUGUCUCAAGACGAAUCUCCACUUGCACGCGAAUCGACGAUUCUCGUCUUGUCUCAUCUCAUGUCCAAUGAUAUGAUUCAAACUCGUGGAGUUCUCUCAGAACCUGCACGCUGUAUAAGCGACUCUGUUCGGUCUGUCAGGGAAGCCGCCGAGUCCUUCUUUAGGGAAUUGAACCAAAGAAGUGAUACAAUAAUUCAACUUCUCCCUGAAUUUUUGUACCGACUUUCUUCGAAAACAGAACGGCUGCCGAUGAAGGCGUACAAAAUAGUCUUUGAAUUCCUGAUCCAGUUACUCAAAGAGAAGAGCAAGUCCAGUUCGGACACGAUGAUCGAUCGGGUCUGUUUGAAAUUUUCGAACAUCGACAUGAACGAUACCGAGGCUCCGAAAUAUCUACUCAUAGCUCUUUCCAAAUUCGCUCAGAGCGAUGGAGGUCUCACAAGACUUCAAGAUAAUUGGCGUCACUGGAGUAAAUUUCUCUGUCAACCACAAGUGGCUAGAGAAUUCCGCCACAUGGUUGAGCAUUUGCAGUCCUCUUCAAAGAGUGAAGAUUUCAAGAAUCAUUGCAGUGAGCUCAUUGCCAAUAUUGAUAAGAUCCAAGAAGAAGGUCUCCGAAAAGAAGAUAUCACUGCUGCACCUGCGGCUGCAAAGAGAGGAGGUAGAGGACGAAAGCCAGCUGCAGCUGCUGUUGCGAAAGAUUCUGACGAUGUCCCAGGGCCUUCAACUCGAACUCCAAAAAAACGACGUCGUCGUGCAGUUUCCGAAGAAUCGGAAGAAUCCCCUGCGGCAGACUCUGAUUUCGAAUAA